AUGGCGGCCGUCAUGCAUCCCUCUCGACCUUCGAUGGAUCGUUCUUCUUCUUUCGAACAUCCACGUCCUCGUUCAUCUGCUUCAUUCUAUGACCGUCCCCCUUCCCCCAUCCCUAGACCAACAACUCAUACGCGUACUUCCUCUUCCUCUUCUAAUUCACAUUACUCUCAACCUUUUCCAAACUUUUACUCUCAAACACCAUUCAAUCAAACAUGGUCUGCCAACCCUCAACCGAAUUCUUCUUUUUACGCCACGCCGUUUCACGGUUACGCCCACCAACCCGUGUUUCACCAACCGCCGGGACACGAUUUCCCUGCUUGGGCGAACGCGUAUCAUCACAUGGUCAUGGCCAGUGUAGCCAACGGCGCUCAUCCCGGUGGAGUCACACCACCACCUACUACUGAGUAUCACGAACAUGAACGUAGAAGGACUAAUUCAGGUCCACAACAAUACCCUAAUCCUUCUCUUCAAUAUUCACCACAAUCAUCACAAUUUCCUCCAGGAUCAAAAAUGGCUCAAUCUGUAACCGCCCAACCUUUUCAUCCUUAUAAACGAGGACCAACUCAUCGUCCUUCGAGAGAAAGUAUGAAAUCUAAUCAAACUGCCAAUGUCAUCACUUCCAGUCUUCCUAGAUCAGUAUCACAACCUACUUUACCAACUUCAUUCGACCAAAGAACUCCUUCCCCCGCUCCCACGUCCACGCGUCAAGACUCACGCAACAACGGAAAUGUGGAACCGGCACCUCGUACGGCAUCCCCCGCACCUUCUCCCCGCGUUAACAACCAAGAAGAACGUCGACCAUCUGUAUCAAACGCCAACGCCAACGUCGUCACCACCACCGCCACUAACAACACCCAAGAUAAAUCCACUCCAUCAUCUAAAAAUCCAACAGUUAGAGUAUCCACUCCACUCCAUCCAGGUCCAAUCACAGCAGCUACCAAUACUCCUCAACUACGUCCUUCGCCACUAUCACAAACCUCCCUCACCGCCUCUGCAGAACCUGAAAAGAAAGGUUUCAAAGGCAUGUUCAAAAGGAACCUUGAUAAAGAUUCUUCACGAAAAAUGUCAACACCACCACCUUCAACACCCGCUGUCAAACCAACAACAGCGUCACAAUACAAAGCUCUCCCUCUGACUCCUGCUGGUUCUCAACCUCAUACAAAGAUAUCCGCUUCACCAGCUGAAUCUUCUACUUAUUCCGCUACACCUCCAACGACCCCACCACAGGAAUUGGACCCUCCCAACGCACCGUUCUCGUAUGACAAUGUCGCUGCUAUGGGUAGCGAAUUGUCUUUGGCAGAGACGGAAAGGACUGCUACGGCUCAGAAAAAGGAAAAGAAAAGUUUGUUCAGGAUGAAGAACAUGAGUACGGAUAAUAUUUCUUUAUCAUCUACGGUAUCUUCAGCUAGUAUGAUGAUUCGGAAAAUGGGCAGUUUGGGAAAAUUGGCGAGACGGAACAGUCUCAUGGGUAUCUCGAAAAUCUUCAAAGAUCGACCCAAAGACGAAGACGGUGCACUUCCCGAACGUGAAGUGAAGAAGGAGAAGAAAGGCAAGAAGAAGAGUAAGGGCGAAAUCGUCCCUGCUGCCGUAUCACGUCUCACGGCCGAAGCGGAAGAAGAUAAAUCUCUGGCUGGACUUUCCCCUGCUGCCAAAUUAGCUCGUCAACAUACUUUACGAUCCAAAGCCGAAGCUGAAAAACGCAAUCAGAACCUACCAACGGGUGAACCAGCAUGGGAUAAUAACACGACCACCAGAACGUCGAAAUCUUCACCAGGGACAGGUGGUCCAGAAGUUUUACAUAUCUUACCUCGAUCCAAAGUCGUUCAAGCUGUAGCGGUCAGCGGACAGGAAUACGAUAGUGACAAUGAUUCCUCUGAUGGUGAAACGAUAGAGGAUUUAACUGCUACGAUGGGUAAAGCUAGAUUAUCAAGUACAUCGGAGAAUGAGAGGUUUUUAGCAUUAUGGGGAAACGCCAUAAUCGAUAAAGGUUUGGUACCGAAGAAGGGGAUUUUGAAAGUCACCAAAUCUCAAGAAGAUCUCGAAGCAGCUGCUUCACGUCAAAGAUCAAACUCUGCCACUUCAGUUCCCACUCCUUUGAUCUCAUCUUCCCUUUCUCGUGCACCUGUCGAUCCUACCAAAUUAGCAGGUUUAGACGGUAUAGGAGUCAGAUUCAAUAAUCAAACGUCAACUCCAGAUCGACAAACUUAUGCAAACGUAGUGAACAAUACAUCGGAUAGAUCGAUAUAUUCAAACGUUGCUGGAAACACUUCAGCUCCCGCGUUAAACUUUUUACCUGGACAAGGUAAACCUAUAACACCAAGAAGUAUGACGGCACCUGCUAAGAGAAGAUUGGUCUGGGCACCGGAAUGCGCGGUUUAUAGUACUUAUGAUGCUGGGACAUAUGAUAGGAGGAGUGAACCUGCUACUUGUAAUAGGUUGACACCAGAGUUGGCAAUGUCGAUCAAGCAGGAAUUAAACGCUUUCAAACUUGAAAUGGAUGUACAUCCUUCUUCCAGAGUUCAUACUCAUUACUUUGCAUGA